AUGCAUACCGACACCUUCCACCUCUACUCAUAUUUCUGCUCCUCAUGCUGCCAACGAGUCAUAAUUGCCGCUCAUCUCAAGGGCAUCCCUCUUGAUUACACCUAUAUCGAUCUCGGCACGAAAGACCACACAACAGAGGAAUACAAAGCAUCGAACCCCAGCGCGAGCGUACCCACAUUAGUAGUGACGAGCGCCAACGGCGAAAAGAUCAUCCUCCGCCAAUCCAUGACUAUAUUGGAAUACUUCGAGGAGCGAUUUCCAGAUAUAUCUCCCCUUCUACCCUCCGGAUUACAUGAUCGGGUGCAGGUACGCGAUCUAUUGAAUAUCAUCGCAAUCGAUACUCAACCUACCACCAACUCCCGCAUCGUCCAGCGGGUGAAGGGUAUUCGUGAUAGUCGCGAGGAUCAAAUAGAAUUUGCCAAACAGGCAUUUACCGACGGUUUCCGGGCCUACGAGGGUCUGUUAGUGAAACAGGCCAGAGAGGGGGUCUAUUCGUUUGGAGAUACUGUUUCUAUGGCGGAUGUGGUGUUGGUUCCUACAGUUGACCAGGCUUUGCUGUACCACGUGGAUUUGGAUUUCGUUCCUAACGUUAAGCGCGUUCAUACUGCACUCAAGGAAUUGGAGGCAUUCAAAGCUGCGGAUUGGCGCAAUCAGGGGGAUACACCGGAGAAAUUUCGGAUUCAGGAUGCUUGA